GCUAUUACCGUAUGUGUCUUGAACAAUAACAACCUACUUGUUUAGACGGUUGAUUAACACAUAUAAACCCGAAUAUGGGUGCCUAUCUCAGUGCACCAUCUGUUGAAAAAAAGUCUGAUGACUUUGAUGAUUCAGAAAAAUUUUCAUACGGUGUUUCUCGAAUGCAAGGAUGGAGAAUAUCAAUGGAGGAUGCUCAUAACUGUGUUCCAUCCUUUGAAAAUAAUUCAUCUCUAUUUGGGGUUUAUGAUGGACAUGGUGGCAGUGAGGUGGCUAUGUACUGCGCUCUACAUUUUUCUGACGUUCUCAAGGAUCUUCAUGCAUAUAAAGAAGGCAGAUAUGAAGAUGCUCUGAAAGAGACUUUCAUGUCACUUGAUAAAAUAUUACUUGAAUCUGAAACUAUAAGAGAAUUAAAAGUAUUAGCAGAUCGAGAUCCGGAUUCUGGUCCUCCAAGUAAAGCAGAUAUUGAAGCUGCAGAAGCUCAAGAGGAAGAAGAAGAAUGUGAGGAAGAUGAAAUGAAACUUUUGCAUGAGGAAGCUACAAUGAGCAUAGAAGAACUUUUGGAAAGAUAUGGGAAAGCCGCUAAUGAAACAAAAUUAACAAUAGAUGCUCAAAGAGCCAAAUUGAAAGAAGAAAAUUUGAGCGGUACGAGUGGCAAUACAACAUCUGAAACAGCUUCUUCAACAUCCUCAAUGAUUAGCAGCAGUGAGUGUGGUGUGAGUAGCUCAGCAUCAACUGGUGAGGUAAAAAAAGAAAAGACUCAGGAUGAUGCUCAGGAUGAUUCUGUUUCUUCUUCAUCUGAUAUUAAAAUGGAUUCUGUUUCACAAGCUUCAACUUGUUCUGUAUCUUCAAGUAGUAGUGGAGGGGGCGAAGGGAGUAGUACAUCUUCAUCUGAUCAGCCCGGCAAAAAGUCUUCGGAAGAUGCUUGCUCAUCCAGUUGUGGUGAGCCAAAUGAAAUGCUUUCAACUGAUGACAAAAGUGAUGAUAAAAUUACUAAGGAGACUUUAAAACAAGGGGCAAGUAGUGAAAAAUUUCAGCCAAAACUCAAGUCUGUUAAGUUGAAAUGGAUGACCAACCAAGAGGAAGAAGGAACUCCAGAUGAAUCUGAUUCAGAAUCUGAUGAAGAUGGAUUUGAUAGUGAUCAGGCUGUGGAAGGAAGCAGUGAUGAGAGUGAGGAGGAAGAGGAUGAUGAUGAGGAGGAAGAUGAAAGUGAGGAAGAAGAAGACAUUGAUAUUUCAGAAAUACCGUCUAUUGCUCCUGUUUCUACGACCAUUGAGGAACCAGGCAAAGAUAGUGGCACAACGGCUGUGGUCGCUUUUUUAAAAGGUCAUGAACUGCUUGUGGCUAAUGCUGGAGAUUCUCGUUGUGUUCUAAGUCGAAAUGGAGUCGCAGUUGAUAUGUCUGAAGAUCAUAAACCUGAAGAUGACUCUGAAAUAAAGCGCAUCAAAGCUGCAGGUGGACACGUCAACAUGCAAGGUCGAGUUAAUGGUGGAUUAAAUUUAUCUCGUGCUAUUGGCGAUCAUUGUUAUAAAACAAAUAAGGCAAUUGAGCUUGAAAAUCAAAUGAUAAGUGCUAUGCCUGAUAUCAAAAAGGUGAACUUACAACCUGGUGACGAUUUUAUGAUUCUUGCAUGUGAUGGAAUUUGGAAUGUUUUUUCAAGUCAAGAAGUUGUAGAUUUUAUUCGUGUCAGAAUACCUCCAGCAAACGAUAGCCAAGAGAAUUUUAAACUUUCAUCCAUAUGUGAAGAAUUGUUGGACACUUGUUUGGCUCCAGACACCACCGGGGAUGGGACGGGAUGUGAUAAUAUGACAUGUAUUGUAGUUCGAUUCAACACUUCAUGGCUUCAGAAAUCUAAUUCUGCAAGUUCCGGGGACGCAAAAGAUAUGAAUGUAGACAAUGUGAAAAUAAUUGAUUCAAAUUCAAUUGGUGAAGCUAAAAUUAUAGUCAAUAAUGAAACUGAUAAUUUAGAUGCUCAAAAGAGCAAUUUAAAUUUGAAAAUAAACGGGGAAAAUGAAAAUGGUAAAAUCAUAGAAGAUAAUUCUGCAACAGGAUGUAAACGACCCAGGACGGAAAAUAACCUUGAUAAUACAGAUAUGUUAGAUCUAACUGAACAAACCACAAAGAAACAAAAAGUUGCCUAGGUCAAUUAUUUGCAACAAAAUAAAUUUGAUUUUUUUGGCCUGGUAUUCUGUCUUAACAUGUUGGUUACCUAUUUUACAUCCAAGGUUAUUCCAACAUGUUAUGAUAAUCGAGACUGGUUCUCUAGAGUGUAUGAUUUGAAUAAUAAUCCACAAGUUUUAUAUUGGGAAUAUUUGAAUUUAAAUUUUGAUUCAUCUCUCACUUAUCGAAGUUCAUGCUACUACAGAAUCAAAAUUUUUGAAAAUACUAUAGAAAAUAAUGCUUUAAUAUUCUGUUACUUGGAUAUAGUCAUCAUAGAUAACGAUUGCCACAAAUGCAAUCAUAUUUGCAAUAGAAUUGUGAAACAUACCGUAUAUGAUAUUCAAUUCCAACUCAAGCACAUAAAUGUUAUUUUCUUUUUACGUACAAAUUGCCAACUAAUGUAAAAAUGAGAAACUGGGAGGGUGGUUGAGCAAUCAUUGAAAGCUAUUGUGCCGAGGAUUGAGACAUUGCACACAAUUUUGACCAAGCUUCAGAUCAGGGAUUCUCAAACUGUGGUAUAUGUACCCCCUGGAGUACAUUCAGACUUUUCAUGGAGUACAUUAAACUGAGUAUAAGAAUUAAUCUUCCCAACUUUAAUCUGCCUUAAAAAAUUUUAUCAUCUGAUGUUAAUAAUCUGAAGACCUUAGUUUAGCAACUCUUUAGAAAGUCAAAUUUCCACCUCGGCAGAAGCCUAAAACACAAAUACAGUAACUACAGAGUGUACUUCGUAGUUUGCAUGGCUUAUUUCGUCCAAUCACAGCAUGUAGGGCAAUUUUGGGGGUACACAGCAGUCUAGGAUCAGUCCAAGGUGUAUCUAUUAACAUAAAGUUUGGGAAACCAUGAUCUAGAUAAUGUAAAAAGUGUUUGUGUGGGAUUACAAAUUGCUUAUACCUGAUUAUGGGUGAAUGUUUAUUUGAUGUAAACUAUCAGACUAUACGCAUUCUUAACAAUUGACAUAACACUCUUACUUUUACUUGUGUGACAAUUAUAUUUAAGCAUAUGUUGAAUGAACCUUGAAAUGCAGUUCAUUGUUUGUGCCAUUCAUGUUUAUAAUUCUUCAUCAUAUCAUAACGUGGUGUCUAUGGUGCUACUAUGUUUUGGUUUUGCACAUAUUUGUUUAAUUAAACAUGUUAUUUUUGUUUACCAAUUGUAACGAUUAUGACAACCAGGAAUGUCCAAAACAAAUUGAAUAUUCGAAUAAAUUAGAAAUUGGUUAUAUUCGUUAUAGUAAAAUCUUAUUUUAGGAAUAAUUUAGAAUAUUUUCAUUUGAAUUUCAUUUUUUAUUAUGAUAGAUAAAAAGUUAGUUCUGACAGAAUAAAAUAGAAAAUGUUUAUCACAAUUAGACUGCAUGACUAAAUUUGAGUUAUACAAAUUUGCAAUUGUCUCGAAGAAUUUUGGAACAGACCCAUUCAGAAUAUGUUUGAUAUUUGAAAAGAUUAUUUUAGAAUGUAUUUGGAAUCCUAAGUUAUUCAGUUUUUGCCAUCCCUGAUUUUACAACAAAAUUUUAUCACUGGUGUGUUGUGACUCAUUGUAUUGCCAAUUCCAAUUGAAAUUAAAUUUCAGUCAUCUUACAAUAUCAAUGGGUAGUAUCAUAGGAAUGUGGGCCUUAAACUUUUUCAAGCAUGAUCGGUCUUGUCAUUAACAAGCUGGACCUAAACUCCGUUGCCAUUACAGGAUAUACAUCUUUGAUUAAAAACCUGUGCCCGCCAGCUACCCAAGGUAUAAGAAAAUGGAAUUGACUAUAUGUGGAAUCUGGUAGAUUCCGCCCCGUUCAUAACAUUGCGGCGUCUGGUAACUGUAAUCGUGUCAAAAUAUGUACGGUAAUAAAUUAUAACAAAACUGCCAUGAUUGUCACAGAAGUAAGAUGCUACUGGAUACAAGUUUGCCAAAGUUUUUGAAUGGCUAUUUGGAGGCAUUCCCUGCCUUCUUGUAGAUCUGACAAUGCUUCAAUAGAAUUGGGAUUUUUUAUACAAUUCAAAAUUGUUCAUUUACGUUAAACUAUUAUCUACUCGUACAUUUCGUUUCAUAAAGUUUUGUUGAAUUCGCAAAAUUUUUACUCUCGUGUUACCAUAAGUAAUUAACUUCAAUGAAAAAUAACAUUUCAAGUUGUGUCUGUAAUCAUGUAUGCCUUAAUUGUACCAUAUUGUAAAUUUCUGCUGCCAUUCAUCUUUUAUAAGAAAAGAAAUGACUCUUUUUUUGAGUGUUUCACUGCUUUUUAGUUGCAUUUACUUAUCCCAAUUUCCUUUUUUGCAAG